CGCUCCUAUUUUCUAAUCGACCAAAGAAGGUCUCGGAUUUGGCUGUUUUCUUUUUAAUCAUCAUCAUGGAUUAUUACGUUGUUUUUAAACCUCUAGUAUGAUCCGUUCUGAACUUUUCAUGCUUAGAACGCAAAGCUGCUGGACUUCGGAACAAUUGAUAAUUAUCCAGGCAUUGUGAAUUAGGUUUGGAACAAGGAGCAUUCCAGUCUUGAGUUAAGUUUUUCUGGCUACGUCCGCUAUAAACACAAUUGCGUGCUAUGAUCAUGACGACAGCCUUUACAAAGCGUCCCGUACUACCAAAACGCGACGUCGCCCACGACGCACAAUAAUCACAUCCUUGAAAACAAGUACAGAAGUACCGAACAAAUCGCAAAAAUGGUCUUUCAGCAGAACCCGCUGCAGCAAGGCGUGCUGAAGGCGGAGGUGCAUCCUCCGCGGCACGCCCAGGCGAUCAAUCGGCAGCUGGAGAAACAAGUCCCCGUCCUCGGCGUUAAGCGGGCCAUUCGUGGCGGGAGCCGGAACCCGAUCUUUUACGCGCAAGAGACCGUGUCCGGCCUCCAGAAGGAGCUGUGUGAAGACCUGCACGACCAAUACGCGUUGUUCCGCCAGGAAACGGGGCCGCUAUUCACAAAGAAUUUCAGAAAUCGAAACACGGAGCAGGCGGUGAAGUUACUCACCGGCUUCAGUGAGGAACUCUACAAGACGUUUCACACAGCGAGAGAUGCGGUAGGUUUUUUUUCGUGCUUCAAUUGCAUUUCUUGAUUUUUGUUUCACUCUGACACCGUACGUUAUAAUUCGACUUUCACAUGGAUGCUGUACCGCCAACGUAGACUAGAGUCGCCGAAGAAUCUUAUCGUUUUCAACCUAACACCAACAGCUUCGGCGCGCCAUCCACGACCUGGCGCCGCGCACCCAGGUGAGCCCGAACCGGACCGCGAGCCGCAAGCCGCCGCUGACAGGUACCACGGUCUUGAGCAGCAGCAGCCGGAGCUGUACCCCAGAGCAGCUGCAGAUUCUGCAACAGGAAGAGCAGGGUCUCGUCCUCGGAUUGGCGUACUGGGAGCUCGCGCACAUCUUGCUUUUCGACCUGUACGCAGAGCACCAGGUCCCCCUGCUGAUUGCGAAGUGGUACACGCGGCACUACUUGGAUGAGUUUCUCCUCUACGGGAGGCAACCCGCCGACAAGUGGGCGCUGGUGAUCCAGUUGAUUCAGCUGGACUUGAAAGACGAAGCGCUGGGCUGUCUGAAGGAGCUCGCGGAAGAGGAACAAAACAUCCGCGUGGUCCAGCAGGGCGGGAGGAACAACAAUUACGCGCUGUCUCCGGGGGUGAUGAGUAACGGAAGUAGCGGGGUAAUUAUAAAUAAUGCGGACAAAACGGACACAGAAAAGGAUAUCGAGGUGCUGAUCGAGGUGAUACAGCAAACGCUCACGCACAAGCAGACUUUCGACGCGGUCGUGCGGGAGGGCCAGGACCCCUUUUCCGGAAACAAGGACUUUUUCCUCAUCUCCGCCACGGAGCGCUACUGGCAGAUGCGCGCCGCGCAGCAGGAGAUCGCCCGGGACCGGCUGAUGGAUGUGUGCACGGAGCCCGCGAAGGAACUGCUUUCCAUCUACGCCGGCGAGCGAGUCACGGCAACCAGCUGGGUGCAGCAGCUGCUGUUUCGCUACUUGUGGCAGAAAGUCGAGGUCGUGCCCGGGAUGAGUCUUGCGACCGCGAAAAGCGUAUACUUUGCUUUUGGGUUACAGAAAGGAUUUUUAUUCGCAUAUUUGUUCAUCUUUCGUGCAUGCCGAAGUUGGUUGCAAGUGCAACUACGAUCGAAUGAUUUUUGUGGCAUAUUCCGCACUGCAUGUACAAAAAUCUUCGUACUACACAGAUUCGCAACCUGGGCUCGGACUGUCUUCAGCUGAUGGAAGAAUACGCAGAAGAGGAAGUAUCGGACUCGGACGUGGUUAUCCAGCUGAUUUUCCGCCGAAAUGGGGACGGUUUGCUCCAGUACUUUGCGAACGACAACGAAAGUCAGGACGUGAACCAAGCGGUGCUGGCCCAUUUCGCGGAAAUGCUUUUUCUCACCGGACAGCUGUCGGAGGAAAUCAGACACAUGUACAUGACCGAAUACAACGCGUUUCUGUGCCGCGCGGGCCUGUUUUCCGAGUCUCUGACGUAUCUGGAUCCCAUCGCGCACGCCUCGCUCAUCCGGGAAACGUUUCAAUGCAAGUACUUACGCGAUUAGAAUUCUUCUAAUUGGAUGUGAACUUGCAUAUUCGUAGCACCCUGGGAACUACAACUCAAGUUGUGCUUGUGACUUAAUUCGUUUUGCAUGGAACAAGAAACGCGCUUCUACUUGUACUUUGUCAAUCACCUACCCAAACAAAAAACCCAGGUGGUGGCCCACGUUGACCUCAGACGAGCGGCGCAUGGAAGCGUUCGAACGCGUCCACGCUGACCAGAACGUGUACAGCGUCCUGCGCCAAGAACCCUCCGUCCUCGCGUCCGUCUCCUGGGCCCGAGCGCACGACUGCGUCAGAGAGGGUAAGCUCGGGCUGGCGAUCUACUGGGCGGUGACCGGCGGUCCUGGCGACCGCGUGUCCGCCUGGUUCGACGAGUUGCUGGAAAGAAGUGACGGAAGUACAGAUGGUGCGCACGUGGUAGAUGACGUCCUCGACUGUUUCUGCACGAACGAGAUCGGCGCGGGGGAGUGGCGGAGCUUGGACGACUAUUUGGACGCGGAGGGGCAGCUGCUCUUCGACAACCCAAUCUACAACGCGCACCAACCUGAUCUAGUGAUUGAAAACAGCGACAGACAAGACAACUAUCACAACAAUAAAGACCAGAUCCCGCCAGAGAACGCCCUCCCCAUCCCGCCACUCUGGGUACGCGAAGUCAGCGAGAACCGCGACUACCAGCUGCCAGCGGACUGGAACACAUCAGGCAGGCUGUACUUCUUCGCGUUCUGGAGCUUUGUGAAGCAAAAGAAGGCGCACUUCAAGGAUUUGCAAAAAUUAGUCCAGCUUGGGCUGUGUCCGCCGGGGCAGAUCAACGCCAUCCGGGCGCGGGAUUUGCUUCCCUACGGCGCCGAGCACUUGACCAUGGACGAAGUGUUUGACUUGGUCACAGAUCAGUGCGACUCCGAGUUCAACGACGGCGAGUUUGCGGCGUAUCGACAAGCGAUCGUCAUGAGCGCGCUGUCACAGGGUAUUGCCCCAAGGAGGAGUAAAUUGGAUCUGUGAGUUUUUUCCAUUCCAUAGCGACAAUCUAUACAACAUGCAGGUUACCACGCA